ACGAAAUGCACUCCGUUAGUCCUUCUGUUAAUUUCGAUCGUUAACUCGCUCACGUGGCAUUUUUUAUUUUUUUUUGAUGACGUGGCAAAAGCAAAUUGAAUACAGGUUGACGUGUCGUGCCACCUCACAUGCCACCUCACAUGCCACCUCAGUUAUUUUAUUUUCUUUUUUUUUUCUUCCUCUUCUUUCUUCAUCUUCUUUCUUCCUCGGGUCACUGAACCCUCUGCUGGUGUUUUUUCCAUUUUCAAGAUUGAAGUUUGACAUGAUGUUCUUUCUAUUUUCAAGAUUGAAGUCCGACAGAACCCAGCUAGAUUCAUUUCUUUCCAUUUUCAAGAUUAAAAUUCGACAGAAUCCAGUUCGAUUCAUCAAACUCAAUUGUCCAAAAAUCUCUCCCAACAACCUGCAAUUUGGAAAUCUCUUGUCAAACAAUCAUAUAACAGAAAAAGAAACUAGUUACCCAAAAAUCGCUGACGGCAAACAAUCAUAUAUAAACCAACAAAAAAAAAAAAAGGUAUCGUCGAUUUUUAUAAGGAAUUUGUGGAAGCACUGUUCAAGCUGCUUGAAGGAAAAGCUUCUAUAAUAGGCAAGAAAGAUUAAUUUUUUUUUUCCAUUUACAGACUGUUGACUAGCUUUGUCUACAUGGAUAAUAUAUGGCAGGUAAAGAAUCAUGGUGGGGUAGGUAAGAUUAAAAUAAAUUUAAAAAUUAAUAGAUAAAUUUAAAAAAUUAUAUUUUAGAUUAAAAUAAAAAAAUCAAUAAUUAGUAGACGAUUAGUUAAAUUUAAAAAAAAAAAAAAAAAUAGUCAACAACCAUUUUGAUUAAACGACGUUGUGUCGGCCCAACAUUCCCAUUUCACUCUUUUUUCCUUCCUUUACCCAUUCGAACGCCUAAUAAUCCACAACAAUCCUCAACCCCACUCUUUUACAUCUAUUAUGUCCUUGUUCACUUGCGAUUUGUCUAUGUUGUCUAUUCCAUUGAACGAGCUAUUGGGCACAUUAGUCACACCAAAAAGAACUGGGAGCCUGGAAGCUUGUUCUCAUUGCAAGACCAAAUUGAUCAUAAGGUGCAUUUCAUCGAACAGGAAUUGCAAACUACUGAAAUUCCACUAAUACUGGUAGGGCACUCCACUGGUUCAUAUAUAGCUCUUCAGAUGUUGAGGAGGUCUCCGGAGAAGUAUGCUUAUUGUAUUGGACUGUAUCCAUUUUUAGCAUUAAAUCCACAAUCAAAGGAGCAGACCAUAUUUGGGACAAUUGCACGGAAUGAAGUGCUCUCCAGUAUAAUUAGUUCCUCUUUUGCAUCAUUGGGUUGCCUCCCUAGAGGGAUUUUGCGGUUUAUUGCGAAAUGUUAUCUUGGAAGAUCUAGCUCUAAUACUGCACGUGAGGCUGCUUGCUCUUAUUUGACACAGUAUCAUACUAUGCGGAAUGUGCUCUAUAUGGCAAUGACAAUAUUCAGAGAGGUUGCUGGACCUCUGGACUGGGAAUUUAUGAGAGCAAACCAGAAUAAAAUUGCAUUUUUGUUUGGCAUUGACGAUCACUGGGGCCCACUAGAACUGUCCACGGAGAUUCGUCAGCAGGUCCAAGGCUCUUCCAUAUCAAUUGAUCGUGAGGGUCAUCGUCAUGCCUUCAGUUGUACUGAGGCUGGCUCAUUAUGUGUCGCAGGGCAUGUAGCUAACUUUAUAAAGAAUAUAAAGAAUAACCCGGCAACAGCAUUUGAGCCAGUGUGAUUCUCAACCACACCCCGCCUGUUAAAUUAUGAUCAAUAGAAUAAGCUUCCACUA